CAGCUACACGAACGGUGCCGGGCUGCCAGGCUGACCAGGCUCCUCUACACACAUUACUCACGGGUUCAGGAGGCUGCAGGGGUACAUGUCCACCUAAGGAACUACAAGACUUGGUGACACCACAGUAGCACUCCAACAUGACGGAAGAAAUUGGUUUUGAAUUAGAACGGCAGCAAGAGAGCUGGUUUGGUAGCUGGUUGAGAUGGUGUCCAACUUCACUGAGUCUUCUUCGUGAAGCAGAAAAAACUCUUCUCUCCAACUUAAAGAACUCUUAUAGAGGGCAAUAUGUUAAUAUUGGGUGUGCAGUAGGCAAGAAAGAGUCUCACAUUUGGACAAUAAGCUUCAAUGAAGAAUCUAAAAAUGUUCCACUUGUUCUUCUGCAUGGCUUUGGGUCUGGUGUGGGAUUGUGGUGUCUUAAUUUUGAUUCACUAUCAGGAGACAGACCAGUUUAUGCAAUGGAUGUUCUUGGAUUUGGCCGCAGUUCCCGACCAUCCUUCACAAAAGACCCACUGGAGGCUGAGCGUGAAUUCAUUACAUCAAUUGAAUUAUGGCAACAGAAGCUGGGUCUGGAGAAGUUUAUUCUCCUUGGGCAUUCUUUUGGGGGCUUUCUUGCAGCUUCUUAUGCCAUUAAGCAUCCAGAAAGGAUUCAUCACCUCAUCUUGGCUGAUCCAUGGGGCUUCCCAGAACGUCCGUUGGAUGUGGCCGAGCGCUAUAAAUUUCCCUUCUGGGUCAAAGUCAUUGGUGCCGUGCUCCAACCCUUCAACCCUCUCUUUGUUGUGAGAACAGCUGGGCCAUGGGGUCCAAAAUUGCUUCAGAAAGCUAGACCAGACUUGAUUCGCAAGUUCUCUGGUAUAGUAAAAAGUGCCGAAGAAGUGAUCCCCAAUUACUUAUACCACUGUAAUGCUCAAGAUCCAUCUGGGGAAUCUGCCUUUCAUACCCUAAUGGCUGGGUUUGGUUGGGCCAAGUAUCCCAUGAUCCAGCGCAUGGACUCUCUUAGGAAAGGAAUGCCCAUGACGUUGAUUUAUGGAUCGAGAUCGUGGGUGGAUCAUGAUCCAGGUUUUCAAAUCAAAUAUAUGAGGAAGGAUUCAUAUGUAGAUGUGCAGGUUAUACAGGGAGCAGGCCAUCACGUAUAUGCAGACAGAGCCGAGGUCUUCAAUAAUCUGAUAAAUACUAUUGGAAAGCAUACAGAUAAUGGUACACUACCCAAACUUGCCCCUGAGAAUCCAAGAUCAAAUAGUGAGGAAAGUCAUGGGGAGGUUGGUGUGACACUCUCCAAAAUGUUAAAUGUACGUAAUGAUGACACUCGUGAUGAUGCCACAGUUCAAGCCAGUGUUGAUGUAUCGUCAGAUGAGUUUGAUUAAUGCUGUGUGUAGUGAUAGCUCGGCAGAUAUUGUUGUCGGCACAAAGAUAAUGAGACAUUAAUAGAUUUUUAUUGUACAGAUUAACACUAAUCACAAAAUAUAUUUUUCAUAUCAACAUAAAAGUCCUUAGAGGUUAUUGCAUUCAUUUUACAGGGAACAUUGUUACAAUACUUAGAAAGGACGACGAUGAUGGAUGUUUUACGUAUUUCUUGUUACUCAUUGUAUUACUUCAGCCGUUGUAAUGAAGUACUGUAGCCAUUUUGUGGAUUAGUCUGUUGAUUAAGUGCAGUUCAGUAAUCUUCUCAGUGGCUGAAUUUAUACCAGAGAGGAAAUUAUAACACAAAAUGACAAGGAGAAGCACUAAGAUUAAUAAGUUUAUUUUGUUUAUUGUGCAGAUUUUGUUUACCCCACCUCCCUCUAUCAUUUUACCGCUGUAUUUUAACCAAUGUGCUGUGCCUCAUUUAUUGUGACAUUCUGGCUGUGCACCAAAAAUCAAGUGUUUUCCCCAAAAACAAAUUUAUUUGUAAAAUAUUAAAAUCUCUUUCCUGAACAUGUACCUGUAAAAUAAAAUGCUAAAGUCCACUUACUGUGGGGACAUAGACAAAGUGAUGUGUGACAUCAUUACGGGCUGGUCGCCCAUGUGUGGUGCUCCCAAAGGUGGUCACAUGGGCCAUUCAAGCCUCGCGAGUUGCCACCAAUAUAUUUACAAAUAGUUUUUUCUAUGUAUGUUCAAUGCUUUAUAUAUAUAUUUUUUUUCAUCAUAUAUGAUGCACAUACAGUAUGUGUCCUUUACAAUACGUAUGUAUACAGAAGAAUGUUCAUAAUGUUCCAUGGAACUGUGAUAAAUGUGUCAGUAAUGUGUCCACAAUAAAUGUUUAUUGUUGCAAUAUUAUUUGUUCACUAUUCAUUAUAACUACUACUAUAUAUAUAUAUAUAUAUAUAUAUAUAUAUAUAUAUAUAUAUAUAUAUA